AUGAAACAAAUAAUAGCAAGCAUUUUGUAUUUUUCCGUUCUAGCAAUUUAUGCACAAGAAAUUGACAUUAAGAAAAAUGAUAUAUUGAUUAAUGGUAAGGUAGUGGGUAAAGUGGAAAAUAGAGAUGCCUGGGAUACUAUGAAAUUUUAUGAUAAUAACGGAGUAUUGCGUUUUAUGAUUCUACCCAAAAAAGUGGAGUUUCAGAAUAAUAUUAAUUAUUGGAACUUAUAUACUCAUCCACAAUCAAGAAAAAUAGUUGAAUUGUUAAAAAAACAUGCUCGACUUUUCAAACCUAAAUUAGGAGAAUCCGAAGUUUUGGUUAAGUUUGGUAUCUUGUCCGAAAAUGGCUUUAAUGAAGAUUCUAUCCAAUUUUUCUUUGAUCAAAAUGGUGGGAGAAUGAAUUCAGAUAAAGAUAAAGCGGAUAUUGCUCGCAAUCAUGAAAUGGAAAAAGGCGCAUCGGUGCAGGCAGAGAUAGCCAAAGCCAAUGCAAAAUAUAGCGAUGGAAUUUAUCGUUCACAAAAAUUGUCUAAUGUAGUUUUGAAAAUUCAAGAGAUCGGAAGAGCGUCGU